UAGAGCCUCAGUAUUGGCAGUUUCGCCUGCUCUCUUCCUACCAAAUGGACCGUGUCUUUCUAUAUUAUCUCCUCCUUCUGUCUUUACUAUCUUCUGCUGCACUCGCGUCCACUUUAUCGUUUUACGAUGACUUUGACGACGAAGAUCCUUUGAUCAAGCAAGUUGUUUCAUCAGGCGACGUCGACGAUCACCUGCUGAACGCAGAACUCCAUUUCUCCCUCUUCAAAUCGAAAUUCGCCAAAAAUUACGCUACUCAAGAAGAGCAUGACUACCGAUUCGGCAUUUUCAAGGCUAACUUGCGCCGAGCCAAGCUUCACCAGAUGCUGGACCCCUCUGCCGUCCACGGCGUCACCAAGUUCUCUGACUUAACGCCGUUUGAAUUUCGUCAUCAAUUCCUCGGGUUGAACAGGCGCCUUCGGCUCCCAGCCGACGCUGAAAAGGCUCCUAUGUUGCCCACCAAUGAUCUUCCCACUGACUUCGAUUGGCGUGACCAUGGGGCCGUUACCGGCGUUAAAGACCAGGGUGCAUGCGGAUCAUGCUGGUCUUUUAGUACGACUGGGGCUCUGGAGGGAGCUCAUUAUUUAGCCACUGGCGAGCUUGUGAGCUUAAGUGAACAGCAGCUCGUCGAUUGUGAUCACGAGUGUGAUCCAGAAGAAUAUGGUGCUUGUGACUCUGGGUGUAACGGUGGGCUCAUGACCACUGCCUUUGAGUACACACUCAAGGCCGGAGGACUUGAGCGAGAGGAAGACUAUCCUUACACUGGCAAAGAUCGGGGUCCCUGCAAAUUUGACAAAAGCAAAAUUGCUGCUACUGUGUCUAACUUCAGCGUUAUUUCCCUUGAUGAAGAUCAAAUUGCUGCUAAUCUAGUGAAGAAUGGCCCUCUUGCAGUGGGGAUCAAUGCAGUUUACAUGCAAACAUAUAUUGGAGGAGUUUCUUGCCCAUACAUAUGCGGCAAGCAGUUGGAUCAUGGAGUACUUCUGGUGGGAUAUGGAUCUGCCGGUUAUGCGCCCAUCAGGUUCAAGGAGAAGCCUUUCUGGAUCAUAAAGAAUUCCUGGGGAGAAAACUGGGGAGAGAAUGGAUACUACAAGAUAUGCAGGGGUCGCAAUGUAUGUGGAGUGGACUCCAUGGUCUCAACAGUAGCAGCAGCCAUCCACACAACCUCGCACUAGAUAUUAUGGAGGUCACGCUUGUCAAAUGGAGUGCUUGUAAAUACAAGUUAUAAUAUAAUGUGUGUAUCAUAAUAUAUUUAUCUGAUACUGUGAACAUGCUCAGUCAAGGGACUUUUCAUGCUGUUGUGUUGUGUAUGCUGGUGACAAUUGCUUGUUCAUUAAAAUGGUGAUGUUAUCUAUUUAUGGAGCUGCCUUGUAGAAA